UCCAUCUCUCUCUGAUGGAGAGCUUUGCUCUCUGCUUUCCAUCGUCCGCCGCCGCCUUUGGCCGUUCGCCUUGCACAUCCCUGCGCCCACGAUUUCGACCCUCCAUUUCUCCGAAAACUACUUCCAUUCUCAGCCCAUUCUCCGACCAAAUUCCUCCGCUCUCUCGCUCCUCAAUCCCAACUAUUUCUUCCUCUUCAAUCCUCUUCCGAGACCCACCAAGACCCAGAAAUCAAUCCGAGCCUCAGUCUCAGUAAAUGCCCCAACCGUCAAAUCGAAACCCCGAGGCGCCAAGCUUCUCCAGCUCGUGUUCGAAGUGUCGAUAGGCAUAAUUGUUCGAUUCUUCGUUCCGAAACCGCCCGAAGUUUCUCUGCAGGCUUGGCAGCUCCUCGCAAUCUUCCUCUCGACGAUUGCCGGCCUCGUGCUUAGUCCUUUGCCGGUCGGCGCGUGGGCGUUUCUCGGCCUCACGACCGCUGUUGUGACCUAAACGCUGUCGUUUUCGACCGCGUUCGCCGCGUUCACGAACGAAGUGAUUUGGUUGAUUGUGAUUUCGUUCUUCUUCGCUCGAGGGUUCGCGAAGACUGGCCUCGGCGAUAGGGUUGCGACCUACUUCGUGAAUUGGCUGGGGAAGAGCACAUUGGGGUUGUCUUAUGGGCUGACUUUCAGUGAGGCCCUUAUUGCUCCGACAAUGCCGGGCACUACGGCGAGGGCCGGCGGCGUGUUUUUUCCGAUUAUCAAGUCUUUGGCGCUGUCGGCCGGUAGUAAGCCCGGGGAUCCAUCGGCGAGGAAGCUUGGGUCUUAUCUGAUUCAAUCCCAGCUUCAGUCUGCUGGUAACUCUAGUGCUCUUUUCCUAACUGCUGCAGCUCAAAACUUGUUGUGCCUAAAACUAGCUCAGGAGCUUGGGGUGAUAAUUACAAGCCCAUGGGUUUCUUUGUUCAAGGCUGCUAGUUUACCGGCAAUUAUUUCUCUCCUAGUAACUCCUCUUAUCUUGUACAAACUUUAUCCUCCUGAAACAAAGGACACACCCGAUGCUCCUGCCAUGGCUACAAAAAAGCUAGAGCUUUUGGGUCCUGUAACGAGCAAUGAAUGGGUGAUGAUUGGUACAAUGCUUCUUGCAGUCUCCUUGUGUGUCUUUGGAGAGGCUCUUGGUAUAACAAGUGUUGCUGCUGCUAUGCUUGCCUUAUCAAUACUCUUGUUGUUGGGGGUGCUUGAUUGGGAUGACUGCUUGAGUGAAAAAUCAGCAUGGGAUACCUUGGCAUGGUUUGCCAUUCUAGUGGGUAUGGCAGGCCAAUUGACUAACCUUGUGAUUGUACCUUGGAUGUCUGAUUGUGUGGCAAAUGUCCUUAAGUCCUCCUCUUUGAACAGGCCUGCUGCAUUUGGUGUUCUUCAGGCAGCUUACUUCUUCAUCCACUACUUGUUUGUGAGUCAAACUGGUCAUGUUGGAGCUUUAUACCAAGCAUUUCUCGCUAUGAACUUGGCAUCUGGGGUACCUGGUGUGUUGGCAGCAUUUGGCUUAACUUACGUUACAAACCUAUUUGGUGCUCUAACUCAUUAUAGCAGUGGUCAGGCUGCUGUCUACUAUGGAGCUGGUUAUGUAGACCUCCCUGAUAUGUUCAAGAUUGGCUUUAUAAUUGCCCUUAUUAAUGCUAUAAUCUGGGGAGUUGUCGGCUCAUUCUGGUGGAAAUUCUUGGGCCUUUGCUAAAACUCUUGAUUUCCAUGUGGUGGUGCUCAUCUUAAUUCUUUACUUUCAUCACUGUCUCCUCUUCUUCUUCACAGCAUGAUUGAUAUGAGCACAAGAGACUAUAAAUCUUGUUGCUGAACUCGCACAAGAUGUACAUAAUGGGAUUAGCUCAAAUGCAGUGCAGCUCUAUGUUUGUGUGUCAUUGUUGGUAUUUCAUUUUCAAGCAUACAAAUAUCCUAAAUAUUCUUUAUACAAAAUCUACCAUUAUCUAGAAUAUUCAAAAUAUCUUGUAUCUAGAUUUCUUCAUGUAAGGGCCAUGAUUAGCAAGACAUAAACUCAUCUAUCUUUUGAACAUGGUAGCUCAUUUUGUAUUGUGAACUUGCAGGGCGACAUCUUCCUUGGCCUAUGGGUGAUGCUCUCGUCGUUGUGUAAUGCCUUAACUUUUCUUCGAAUUGCCACAAGUCUUCUUGUGCCUCCCAUGUUGCUUCAGACUCAGUCAAUCCCUUCCACUUGAUUAGGUAUUGCUUGCGAAGAGGUACUUCCCAUCUUGUAACAACUCGUUUUGCCAAAACCUCAUCAACCUCCUUGUCAAAAGAAUUAGUCACAAUUGGGGAUGCCCAUUGUUACUCAUUUCGGCUAAGGUCUUCCAUAUGCUUCAAAAUACUCAAAUGGAAGACGAGAUGAAUCUUUAAGUAGGUCAAGGUGAUAGGAAACCUUGUCAACCUUAGCAAUCACCGGGAAUGACCCUUCAUAUCUCCUUACCAAGCCUUUGUGUACACUUUGGUAUGCCUUGAAUUGUUGAGGUAUCACCUUCACGUGGACUUGGUCAUCAACUUUGAACUCCAUGGGCCGCCUCUUAUUGUCUGCCCACUUUUUCAUGCCC